AUGGCUGCUACCGCCACCGUUUCUAAGGACCUCCCCGUCCCGGCUGCUGCCCCCCAGCUGUCCGGAGUUGCUCUGUACAGCAGAUUCGCCUUCGCCGGCGCCGUCUGCUGCAGUGUCACCCACGGCGCUGUCACUCCUCUGGAUGUCGUCAAGACCCGUAUCCAGUUGGACCCGGUCACCUACAACCGUGGUAUGAUCGGUGGUUUCCGUCAGGUCAUCCAGAAUGAGGGUGCUGGCGCUCUCCUGACUGGUCUCGGCCCUACCGCCGCCGGUUACUUCCUCCAGGGUGCCUUCAAGUUCGGUGGUUACGAGUUCUUCAAGCAGCAGGCCAUCACCAACCUCGGCUACGAGACUGCUAAGAACAACCGCACCGCUGUCUACCUCGCCUCCUCUGCCUGCGCCGAGUUCAUGGCCGAUAUCGCCCUCUGCCCCCUCGAGGCUACCCGUAUCCGUCUCGUCUCUCAGCCUUCCUUCGCUAGCGGCCUUCUGGGUGGCUUCAGCCGUAUCAUGAAGGAGGAGGGUCUCGCCGGUUUCUACUCCGGUUUCGGCCCCAUUCUGUUCAAGCAGGUCCCUUACACCAUGGCCAAGUUCGUCGUCUUCGAGAAGGUCUCUGAGUCGAUCUACGACUCUGUUGACAAGAACGGCCUCUCCGACGGUGCCAAGACUGGUAUCAACCUUGGCUCCGGUCUCAUUGCUGGUCUUGCCGCCGCCCUCGUCUCUCAGCCCGCUGACACCAUGCUCUCCAAAAUCAACAAGACCCAGGGUCUCCCCGGUGAGGGCACUAUCUCUCGUCUCGUCAAGAUUGGCAAAGAGCUCGGCCUCCGUGGCUCUUACUCUGGUAUCGGUGCUCGUCUCUUCAUGGUCGGUUCCCUCACCGCCGGUCAGUUCGCCAUCUACGGUGACAUCAAGCGUGUUCUUGGUGCUACCGGCGGUGUUGAGAUCGGCAAAUAG